AUGAUGGUAUUUCAGGAUCCUGAUACAACAGGAAUACUCACACAUCGCUUGAUGGAAUUGACACACGAUGCCGCGCUGCACAGGGGGCUAAAGAGGCCUCUACUGUUAGAUUGUCAGGAUGGACGAAGAGUUGAGGACUGUUUACGGUUUGAUGAUGCCGACAUCGUAAUCGUUAACUUCGCUACCGCGGUCCCCAUGGAGGGCAUUCAGAUCGAGAAUAACGUAAUUCAGUGGAUGGAACAUGUGUCAAGGAUGCAGAUGAAAUCGUACAGUUACGGAUAUCAUGCUGAUGACAGAGUGGGAUGUCUUCCGCUCAUUAUAUUACUUCUUCCAAAUAGGGAACAUCUUAUACACCAAUGUUUCCGCUACCUCCGUUGGCAUUCUCUUUCUCGAUUUACUCUGAGUCGAACAAACCUGGCACGAGGUCCUACUCGAGUAUACCUGAAUCCUACGGAAGCCAUCCACUGCUUUGUCACAGAGAGGAUAGCUGCCAGUCGUGGACUACAGUUUGUUUCGCAAUUCGACACCGUCCUGCAAUUUAUUGCUGAUGCCUGGAUAGCGGUGUGUUCCCGAAGUCGCCUGGUGCCUCAGCCACCGUGCUUAACGGGCCAUCGCAGACCGUACGCAUUGUUGGCCGCGCUGCAAUUAUGGAUCAGGUUGCAGCAACAUCAUUCAGACAAGUGGGAUCGUGAUAGGGAUUUGUCUGACGGUGCACAAAAGGGCCAUGCUCACUUUAAAGGUCAGUUGGAGGCAGCGGCUUUGGCCCUAGAAGAGUCACGACGCCUACAUCAACAACAAACGACCUUGUGGAUACCGCUAGCAGAGGAAAAUUUUGCCGAAUCGGAAAAAGCAGUGAAACGCACGGAUUUGGCUGUGAAGCAAGCGGAACUACUGACGAACAAGCUUAGGGGUACUUUAACAGAAACUCUCAAGGCGGCCGAGAUGGAGUUCACCAGGUCCACGCAAGUAUACCAAGAAGCACUGAGCAAAAUAUACGCAUUAUCAACGGAAACGCUGGAUGAAAUCCGCUCGUACAUUACACCACCGAGAGCGGUGAAAACCUGUGUCUACACGAUUUGCAUGCUUUUUGAUGAAGAAGAAAGGUUAGCGUUUUCGUAA